UCCACAACCAAACCUGCACGCCCAAAGACACAUGUGCUGACUGCCCUGACAACCUUCGACAACAACCUACAAGAACCUUUGUGAAAAUGGCGCACAACAUGUUGAUACUCUUUGGCGCUCUGCUUGUGUUGUCAGCGGGUGUCGGAGCGAAACGUGGAUGCUCUGCUUUCGGCCAUUCUUGCUUUGGAGGACACGGCAAGAGAUCAAGCGAUAAUUCAAUGAUGGACGGCUCCAGCGCUGGUUUACUGGAACGUCGCCAGUUGGGACAGGAGGAGACGCCUCCGCAUCCUGGAUACCCGCGCUCCGGUUACAGCGGUCUGCUGCCCGCUGGUGAUGACAUUAUUCCUAUCAGAGAUGGAGGUGCGUAUGAAAGAGAUGACAACAACGUUGCCCGUGAUGUGGUUAAGUACAAGCUUAGGAACAUUGUGAAGCAUUGGAUGGAGAACUACAGGCGAUCACAAAACAACGACGACGGAUACUUUAUCGAGACCCUGUAAAUGCCAGAACUAUUACCCUCUCUUUCACUCUCGAGUGUGUUGUGCGAAGUGAGCUUGUUUUCAUAUAACUUUUUAUUGGUUCAUUCAAAUUUUCGUCAAAGAUAAACUGACCCUCAUCGAAGAAUAGACACUACUUUUAACUGUACAGUCUAAUGGAUUUUUUUGUACCUUUUGUUUUUUUAUCUUCCAAUUAUUGCAAUUAAAUUUUAGUUCUUAAAAGCAAGCUUACUUCAAAUUCAUAUAAGGAAUAUUUAAAGAAAGCCUAUAAAUUAUAGUGUAUAAUGUAAUUCUAUUCUAAGAUUUUAAAAUCUUAUUAGUAUAGUUAUAAACUUUGCCGUCAAUUAUAGAAAUUCUUCCAAAACAUUUCUUUACGUUUUAGUUAUCUUCACUUUAUUGUCAUUGUUCAAGACUUACCAAGGCUGGGUAUACUAUGAGGAAUUUCCCUAAUUCUGUAAUUUUCUUAUAAUUUAAUAAGGCUGGAUGUUAUUUUAUUUCUGUUUUAUUAUUCUAUAUUUAAGAUGUUUUCGAGAAUAUUCUACCUAACAAUCAAAUGUAAUCCUCUGAUUUUACAUGAUCUAUGAUUUAUGUACCUGAUUUCAAUUUGUUACUCUAUGACACCAAGUAUUAGAAUCUAGUCGUUUUAAUAUGACAUAAGUUUAC